UUUAGUCUUAGCUAUGACUAAUCAAAGAAUCAGCUAUUGGAUGAACAUAACAGCAUUUCCAUUGUACUUUUCAGAAAAUAAUAAUUAAAUAAAAUAUUUAUAAUUAUUACAGAUGCCCAACCGAUACUACCAUCAUGGGACCACUGAGCAAAGUGAACAGCAAUGGACAAAUAUUGCAAGCACCCUUCGAUGCAUUCAAAUUUCCAACAUCUGAUAUCGUACAGUUUAAAGCUUUAGUGACCCCAUGUUUACCAAACUGUCAACCCGCUAAAUGCACUGUAAGGAAUUUUGGUUUGAGUCGAGAGUUGGAUUCAUUUGGAAGGAAACGUCGAAGAAGAAGUACAGAUGAAGAACUGGUGGUAGUUCAAUCCAUACAGAUCACAGAUAAAUUCGGUUUUGAAAGAAACGAAAGAAAACUUACAGAGUUUGAUUCUAAACAAGAGAAUUCCUAUCCUGAUGAGAUUAUUACAGAAGAUAAGAACGAAGGAUGCAUAAAUACAAUUGGCUUGGUCGUUUCUUGUACGUGUUUCUUACUAGCUCAGUUUGCUUUGAUUCUAGCCUGGAUAGUGCUUUGGACACGAAAAAAGAAUAAAACUUCUACAGACAUAGAUAUGCUUUAUGGAAUUAAAAAUCCCUAUCAAAUGAGGAUGGUUCAUCAUUGAGAUUCUAUGCAUAAAUUGUAGUAAUGUAAUUUAAAUGUAUAUAUUUUUCCUAUUUUUUGGAAAAUGGAAAUUCGUUAAUGGAGUAACUGCACUGUAUUUGAAACAGUGCACAUUUGUUUAAAAACCAAUUUUCUAUGAAAUGUAAUAUUGGUUCUAUGGUUGUAAUCAUCCACAGUUGCAAUUACAUGGGUUUAUCACAAAAAAAAAAGAUUUUAAAAGAUUAAGUCUAAGAUCAGAAAAACAUGCUUAAUAUAUAGAAAAAUGUUUUCUUCCCAUUCUUCUAUGAAAUGACCGUUAUAUCACUUUAUAUCUUAUGAUGAAGUUAUUUCAAUCUGCAAAAUUGAAGUUUAUAGAACAUAUUUUCAAGUGCAAAUGUUUCAGAUCUGCCAUCUUGUAAAGCAACCCAUAAUUCAAUCUAUUCUAAAAAAUGCAUCAAUUAUAAGAUUAAUCCUUGCCUUCUAAAUUGAAUAUUUUAAAUUUAUAUAAAUUAUUAUUCAUAUCAAAUAAUCUGAAAAAUCUCUGUAUAAUGCAGCAAGCAAAAAUGAUAUCCAAUUGUAUUAAGUACAGAAAUGCACAUUAAAAUUAAUAUAUAUAUUGUGGGUUAUACUAUUCUAUAUAUAACAUAAAUCUAAUUAUAUAUCAAGGUUCAUGUUAUAUAUCAUAAAAUCUGAU